CUUUGGGCGGGACUACAAACCAAAGCUUCAUCCUGAUUGGCCAGAAAGGACGUCAUUCGUUGAUAUCUUCUUUUGAUUGGUUGCCUUACAAGGCGAUUAAGGCUUCACUUACAAUGAACCGCAGCUGAGAAGAAGUAGGAAUUACUACAUUUUCUUGUUUGUACAUCCUUGUGUUAAGUGCAGCAUUUUUUCCUCGCACUUUGAGGAUUGUCCAGCUUGAAUAGUCAUUUCUUUAUCUAGUCCGACAGAUAAGUUGUCAGACACUGAAGUGUUUCUACCAGUGCUUUGAAUAAGGAAAUAAUCUCUUGCUAACGUUAUGUAGCAAGCUAAUCUCAUUUAUCUGUCGGAAACUCAACUUUCAGUUCACAGUUACACAACCCCACGGACAGGCAUGACCGAGUACAAGCUUGUGGUGGUCGGUGCUGGAGGCGUGGGGAAGAGCGCUCUCACCAUCCAGCUGAUCCAGAACCACUUCGUGGAUGAAUAUGAUCCCACCAUCGAGGACUCGUACAGAAAACAGGUGGUGAUCGACGGGGAGACGUGUCUGCUGGACAUCCUGGACACUGCAGGUCAGGAGGAGUACAGCGCCAUGAGGGACCAGUACAUGAGGACUGGAGAGGGCUUCCUCUGUGUGUUUGCCAUCAACAACACCAAGUCCUUUGAGGAUGUUCACCUUUACAGAGAGCAGAUCAACCGGGUGAAGGACAGUGACAGCGUUCCCAUGGUGCUGGUGGGGAACAAGAGCGACCUGAGCGCCCGCACGGUGGAGACGAAGCAGGCUCAGGAGCUGGCACGGGGCUACGGCGUGCCAUUCGUAGAGACGUCCGCUAAAACCAGACAGGGUGUGGAGGAAGCCUUCUAUUCACUGGUGCGGGAGAUCAGAAGAUACAAGGAGACCAACCGCAGCAACAAGAAGAGCAAGAAGAGCAAUCAGAGACGCUGCAUUAUACUAUAGCACACACACACACAUCCAGCCAGCAUCCCUGAGAGCACUUGUAUAAUACCGCCCUUCACUGUGGAGGCGUCGGUAAAACAGACGGUGCAGAAUCGGUUUUCAUCGCUGCGACCGUUUCUACUGUCGCCAUGUUUGUCAUUUCUUCAGUGUUCAUCUGCUUAAGGAGGAUUUCACUGUAUGCUGUGCGUAACUGCACUUUGCACAACAAUGGGUGAGGAGCUCAGUCUGCAUUUGCAUUAAAUACUUUUGACUUUUUUUUCCUUUUUAUUUUGAAUCAAAUGUCAGUGUUUGACAUCGAAAGAGAACAAAUACCUUCAGUAUAUUUUUCAUAGGACAUUUGCUCGUCGCCCUAGUCAGGUUUUUCCACUCAUUUCAGAAUAGAUGUCUGUAGCCUCUCAAACACAACAGCAGUUUAUUUUGUAUGUCGGUAAUAUUUUCAUGGGGCAGAUUCUUCUGUUGAAACCUUCGAACCAUGUUUCAGUCUCCCAGCUUAACUUUAUACAUUUGUGUUCAUUAGAUAUUAGGAUAAGUUUGUGCCACUUUCAAAAUUUACUCAGGAAAAUGCUUCUUAUCGGGCUCCGACUAAUCCGCUUACAGGCCUGUACACUCGCAUCGUGUGUAUCAUUCUCAGUGUUGGUUGCAUUUAUAAUUCACUGUCUGUGCACACUUUGUUACAGCACUCUUUCACCUCAUCGCCACAGCAUGUGAGUUGUGAAAACAUUCGUGUCGCGUUAUUUGCACACUCAUGCUGAAGCCAGUGUUUCAUCAGUUUUCCGAUCAUGAGAGAUGCUGGAUGGUUAGUAUAAGAAAAAAUGUUUUUGAUUGUAUGUCACUAAUAGUUUUCUAUUUUUGUAGAACUACUUGAUGCAUCCCCCACUGUAAUAAAAAAAAUAUAUGAAAUUACAAUGCUGAAUGCAAAGUAAAUAAAGAAAGUCACAUCUUGA